AGUCAGUAGUGUCAGUUGAGUUGGGUUUCAGUGUGUUCGCGGCUGUCGAGCCAGUAGCACGCAUGAGAGAGCGUUUGCGUUAUCAUGAGAGUGUCCCGCGUUCUCGAGUCGCGGCUGCCGUGGCGGCACCGGCCCGGUAGAGAGUGACAGUGAGUGCGACAUAAUGUCCCAGUCAUGGUGAAGGCGCUGUUCCUGGGGCUGUUAGCUGCAACGAUGUGUGGUUUCGCCCGCGCCGCGCCCGCGCCCCAGCCAGAUCUUCCCGAGACAACGCCGCCCCCACAGCCCCAGCCCCCUUUCGAGGACCCGGCGGCCCGCAGCGAGCGCAGCACCAAUCUAUCGCACGUCACCGGCACCGCCAGAAAAAUACAGAUGUUCAUCAAGAAUCGCCACCUGCAGCUGCUCCCCGACGGCACCGUCAACGGAACCACCGACGACACCAGUGCUUAUACUAUUUUGCAAAGGACUACGGUUGGCAUUGGCCAAAUGAAAAUUCAAGGAGUAGCUACUUGUCAGUAUUUAUGCAUGGAUAGUUGCGGAUUGCUCUACGGAUCGGAGGAGGAAUCAAAAGUUGUCAAAUUAACAUCACGGGAAAAGAGAUUUAUCCGAUUUGCUUCAGUCGAAUACGAUGGACAACUAUACAUGACCCCGCAGGAUUUCCUAGAGUCAGUUGUGGAAGCUGAACCCCGACCCCGUUUGAAACGCAAAAUAUUGACAACGAAGGAACUCGAGAAAAUCAAAGACUCAACUCCGCCACUAAACCAAGGCUCGCCGAGGUUUUUCCGAACUUUGCGCGACAAAGGAAUCAUUUCAUACACCGAGUAUUUAUUUCUCCUUUCAGUUUUAACAAAACCACAAUCGGGCUUCCGAAUUGCCUUUAACAUGUUUGACACCGACGGUAAUGAAAGAGUCGACAAGAAUGAAUUUCUCGUGAUUCGUAGACUAUUGGCAGGCAAAAAAACUGAAGAUGCUGUACCUAUGGAGAAAAUCUUCAGCCAUGCGUGGAAAGGGAAACGGGGGAUUGCGAGUGAAGACACCGAACUUGUGCUCCCCAUUCAAGAGCAGUACGUUGAUGAUGAGCAAGGACUCCAGCGGCGACAUACCGUCGACACGACCCUCAUCGUACAUUUUUUCGGCUCUAAAGGCAACAACGAACUCAACUUCGAGAACUUCAAACAAUUCAUGCUUCAUCUACAAACCGAAGUUCUCGAAUUGGAGUUCAGCGAGUUUUCUAAAGGGCUCCCGACUAUCUCCGAAGUUGAUUUUGCGAAAAUUAUGCUACGUUACACUUAUUUAGACACUGAUGAGUACGACAUGUACCUAGACCGUCUCCUUGACAGAAUUAAAGAAACCAAAGGGAUUUCCUUCGAGGAGUUUAAUGUUUUUUGCCAAUUCCUCAACAACUUGGAAGACUUUACUAUCGCAAUGAGAAUGUAUACCUUAGCCGAUCACCCGAUAUCCAAAGAUGAGUUUCACCGUGCUGUGAAAAUCUGCACUGGUACUAGUCUAAGCCCCCAUCUAGUCCACACAGUAUUUGCAAUUUUCGACGUCGAUGGAGACGGACUUUUGAGUUACCGCGAAUUUAUCGCAAUUAUGAAAGAUCGUCUGCAUCGUGGUUUCAAAUCAUACACCAAGAAUGAAGGUUGGGAAGCGUUUAAAAGUUGCAUCAAGCAGGAAAUGAAAAAUCCGACAUAAAAACAAAGUAUUUAUUUGUGAUAAUCGCAUUGUAACAUUUUAGUAUUGCCAUCUAGUCACACGGGCAAAAAAUUUGUUUUUUGUUAUGUUCCUAUCAUCGGACUGUUUUGUUACUCCAGUAUUGUUUGAGUUACCAAAUAGAAUUACUCAAUUGAG